AUGUCAGUGAUAUUAACUUUUUUCACGGUUGCGGUGCUUUCGCAAACUCCGGAAUCCAUAAUUGCCGAUAAAGUCAAUUAUGUGGAUCUUGGGAAAUUAUAUACAUAUAAGCCGAAGAGAAACUUUGGUCCAUUUACGAAAGAUAAUUUGUAUACGUUUUGUUAUCGUGCCAAAGAUAAAACUAUAAGCAGUUUAUUUGAAACUGUUAAGUUGCGGCUAAAUAUUGAAGGUGACAAUUAUAAACAGUAUGAUGGCGCCACACCGGACGAAGUCCGACAGCAUUACAAUCAAGAACAAUCAUUAUUUAGCUUGACUUUAUUCUCUCAAAAACGUGUACGUUUGCAUUUGUCAUCGUUUGUCUUCUCCAAUUGUUUAGGUAUGGCGUCUCAGAAUCCCUACACUUUAGAGCUGAAAAUAUUGCGUAUAGAUUUUUACCGAGUUAUACAGCUAUUGUUAGGCUACUUGGUGUUUCAAUAUGCCAGCAAUUUAAGCCAAAAUGCAAUAUUUUAUUAUGUGACGGGAAUUGUUUUGGGUAUAUGCUCAUUGUUUAUGCUCCUCAUAUGGUUGACGAGUAGCAAAUUAGUACCAAGACGCCCUGCCAUGUAUGGUAUUUUAAUAGGCGGUUGGACCGUAGGCUUGUGGAUGAUACAGCUACUAUGGAUGCAUAUGCCAGUUAUUAUCGUCACAUACAGAAUCUAUGUUUUCUGGUACAUAAUGAUAACUGGUUCAAUAUCAUUCAUUGUUUGUUAUCGUUGGGCUCCGCCAAUUAACCAACGUUCUAAGAACAUCACAAAAUGGCUAUUACAGUUGGCGUCUCUCACUAUGAUUUACUUUUCAAGCUUUUACGAAGAAGCAACAUCUGCAAUUAUUAUAACAGUAGUCGCGUCAAAGUGCUUUCCAAAAUCACUUUGGUAUAAAUGCCGCUCUUACCGGUUAAGAAAAUUUCCACCUAAAAUUCGUUUACUAACACUUGAUGAAUUUUAUGAGCAGGGUGUAUUUGAGACAAAGAAAGCUUUGGAAGAUCUCCGGAAAUAUGCGGCUAGACCCGAUUGCAAACAGUGGACGAUGAUGACUAAAUUACGCGUUCCUUGGCGUUUUCCGGCUUUUGUUGAGCGAGCCACAAAUUUAGAACAUGAAGAAGUUUUACGUUUCGAAUCUUUAAAAUAUUCCGCUGCUGAUGACGAAAAUAGUGAUAUUAGUACGGGCGAAAGCGAGAAUGAGGAAAAUCUGUGUAGUUCCUCCUUCACUAUAAAUGAUAAUGGAUACUCGUCGCGUACAAUACCCUCCUAUAUGUAUAGAGUAACAUCGAUACAUGAGCACCGUAGUACGAAUGAAUUUGAUGAUAAGGAUGUGUAA